AUUAGUGACACAGCAUUUUAUGAAGCCCAAAAAGUUGAAAUUAUUGUAUCAGUCUCGGUCGGAGCAGUCUCAGGCGCAGACCCCCAUCUUCCAUAUAAGCAGUAUUUCUAUGACGCAAUUUGUAUCGGUGCAGCCUUAUGUGCAACAAACAGAAGUGGUGGUGGAUUCAGAGAAACAGGUAGUGGAGAGGAUUCACAGUCAUGUAGCAGUAAAUUAUUGGGAGAACGUAAUUCGAUCUUCACAGAUGAUAUUGGAAUGGUUAAAGGAAAGGGUCCCCCUGUUCCUAAGGAACUUAGUAUACUUGGCGGCCAGCUCAGAUCCAAGGCCCUAUCAUUUUAUAAGGAAAGAGAAGGGUUGGUUAGAAAAGGAGUUGGAGAGGUUAGUAGCAUCAGGGGCAAUAUUAAAAAUUGGCAAAGGAAAGUCAUAACCAGCAAGUUUCCUGGAAGUAAGCCUGAUGUUUUUGAUUCUGAAACAAGACCCUCAGAG